AUGGGCCUGGCUGUGGACUUCGACGACCGACAAACACACAUCGAGGCUGAAUCUGAGGAGUAUCAUCCUUAUGAGUACCAGACGGAGAACAAUGGCUCCUGGGCUGGAGCCUUGCCGGUGAAGCAGGGUCUUUAUGAUCCUUCUUUGGAGAAAGAUGCUUGUGGUGUAGGCUUUGCUUGCCACAUCAAGGGCAAGCCUAGCCACAAGAUUGUUAGCGAUGCUCGCAACCUUCUGUGCAACAUGACCCAUCGCGGUGCUGUGGGUUCAGAUGCACGAGACGGUGAUGGAGCCGGUGUCAUGACCUCCAUCCCCCACAAGUUCUUCAUCAAGAACUUUGAGCGGGAGGAGGGGAUCAAGCUGCCCCCUCUGGGCCAGUACGCUGUGGGAAACUUGUUCUUCAAGCCUGAUCCCGAGACACUCCAGGAGUCCAAGAGGCAGUUGGAAGACAUUGCCGAAUCGCUGGGCCUGCGCGUUUUGGGAUGGCGAGAGCCUCCCGUAGACUCCACCCUCCUUGGUCCUGCCGCUUCUUCUCGCGAGCCCAUCAUCAUGCAGCCCUUUGUCGUCCUCGCUUCCGCGUACGGCCCCGGCAACGCCCCGGAGAUGACCGACCCGGAGAAGUUCGACGAGAGACUUUUCGAGAGGCAGCUCUACGUUCUGCGCAAGCGCGCCACGCACACUAUUGGCCUGCAGAACUGGUUCUACCUCUGCUCCCUUUCCAACAAGAACAUUGUGUACAAGGGUCAGCUUGCUCCCAUCCAGGUCUACCAGUACUACCAUGAUCUGGUCAACGCCGACUACGAGGCUCACUUUGCCCUCGUCCACUCUCGUUUCUCCACCAACACCUUCCCGUCUUGGGACCGUGCCCAGCCCCUUCGCUGGGCUGCCCACAACGGUGAGAUCAACACCCUGCGUGGAAACAAGAACUGGAUGCGUGCCCGUGAAGGUGUCAUGUCGUCCAACCUCUUUGGCGAUGAGCUUGAGCAGCUCUACCCCAUUGUCGAGGAUGGUGGUUCCGACUCUGCCGCCUUUGACAACGUUCUCGAACUGCUCUCCAUCAACGGAGUGCUCUCGCUGCCCGAGGCUGUCAUGCUCAUGGUUCCCGAGGCAUGGCAAGGAAACACGCUCAUGGACCCCAAGAAGGCUGCCUUCUACGAGUGGGCUGCGUGCCAGAUGGAACCCUGGGAUGGCCCCGCCCUGUUCACUUUCGCCGAUGGCCGUUUCUGCGGUGCCAACCUGGACCGGAACGGUCUGAGACCUUGCCGAUUCUACGUCAUGGAUGAUGACCGCAUCAUUUGUGCCUCCGAGGUCGGCACUAUUCCUGUUGAGCCCGAGCGUGUCAUCCAGAAGGGCCGUCUUCAGCCUGGUCGCAUGUUGCUGGUCGACACCAAGGCUGGUCGCAUCAUUGAUGACUCCGAGCUCAAGGAGGCUGUCUCCAGCCGUCAGGACUUCCGGUCAUGGCUUGACAACGAACUUAUCACGAUGCCCAAGGUCCUCGACACUCUCUCCAACGACGCAGAGUUGAGCUUGGAGGCGAAGCCGGAUACCGUCGCGCUGCAAGAGGAUCCCAUGCUGCACGCUUUCGGCUACACCUUUGAACAAGUCGGUCUUCUCCUGGCACCCAUGGCCUCCGAUGAGAAGGAGGCUCUUGGCUCCAUGGGUAACGAUGCACCUCUGGCCUGUCUCGCCCAGGCGCCGCGCCUACUCUACGAGUAUUUCCGUCAGCUCUUCGCCCAGGUCACCAACCCUCCCAUUGAUCCUAUCCGUGAAUCCAUCGUCAUGUCGCUCGAGUGCUACGUCGGUCCUCAGGGCAACCUGCUCGAGAUGGACUCCACGCAGUGUGGUCGCCUGCUCCUCCCGAGCCCCAUCCUCUCCAUCCCCGAGUUCAAUGCUCUGAAGAACAUGUCGAAGCUCCACCCCGAGUGGACUGUCAAGACCAUUGACCUUACCUUCCCCAAGAAGGAUGGCAUUCAGGGCUACAUCAAGCACCUCGAUUACAUCUGCAACGAGACCACGGCCGCUAUCGAGGCGCGGGACCGCAUUAUCGUUCUGUCUGACCGCAAGACCUCUGCUGACCGUGUUCCUGUCUCGGCUCUGCUUGCUUCCGGUAUGGUCCACCACCACUUGGUUAACAACAAGUGGCGAGCCAUGGCUGCUAUUGUCCUCGAGACUGCUGAGGCUCGUGAGGUCCACCACAUGUGUGUCCUCCUCGGCUACGGAGCUGAUGCCAUCAACCCCUACCUUGCUAUGGAGUGCAUCCUCAAGCUCAACCGCGAGAAGCUCAUCAAGAAGAAGCUCACUGACGACGUGCUCAUCCGCAACUACAAGCACUCGUGCGACGGAGGCAUUCUCAAGGUCAUGAGCAAGAUGGGUAUCUCGACCCUGGCCAGUUACAAGGGUGCUCAGAUCUUCGAGGCUCUGGGUGUCGACGACACUGUGGUCGAGCGCUGCUUCAAGGGCACUGCUUCUCGUAUCAAGGGCGUGACCUUCGAGGCCAUCGCCGAGGAUGCUUUCCGCUUCCACGAGAAGGGUUUCCCCUCCCGCAGCACGGUCUCCAUCCCCGGCCUGACCGAGUCUGGCGAGUACCACUGGCGAGACGGUGGCGAAGCCCACAUCAACGAUCCCGCAUCCAUUGCCAACAUCCAGGAUGCUGUCCGCACUAAGAAUGACAAGUCCUACGAGGCCUACUCCCGCUCCGAGUACGAGCAGAUCAAGGCUUGCACCCUCCGUGGCAUGCUCGACUUCAAGUUCGAGGACCGCACUCCCGUGCCCAUCGACCAGGUCGAGCCCUGGACCGAGAUUGUCCGCCGCUUCUGCACGGGCGCCAUGUCCUACGGAUCCAUCUCCAUGGAGUCUCACUCGACUCUUGCCGUUGCCAUGAACCGUCUCGGCGGCAAGUCCAACACCGGCGAGGGUGGUGAGGACCCGGAGCGAUCCCAGAGGCUGCCCAACGGCGACACCAUGCGCUCCGCCAUCAAGCAGGUCGCCUCUGGCCGCUUCGGUGUCACCUCGGCCUACCUCGCCGACUCGGACGAGCUCCAGAUCAAGAUGGCCCAGGGUGCCAAGCCCGGUGAGGGCGGCGAGCUGCCCGGUCACAAGGUGUCGCAGUCCAUUGCGCGCACCCGCCACUCCACCCCUGGUGUCGGUCUGAUCUCGCCUCCUCCUCACCACGAUAUUUACUCCAUUGAGGAUCUCAAGCAGCUGAUCUACGACCUAAAGUGCUCCAGCCCCCGCUCCCGCGUCUCCGUCAAGCUUGUCUCCGAGACUGGUGUCGGUAUCGUCGCUUCCGGCGUCGCCAAGGCCAAGGCCGACCACAUCCUGAUCUCCGGUCACGAUGGCGGUACCGGUGCCUCCCGCUGGACCGGUAUCAAGUACGCCGGUCUCCCCUGGGAGCUGGGUCUGGCCGAGACCCACCAGACUCUGGUCCUCAACGACCUCCGUGGUCGUGUCGUUGUGCAGACCGACGGUCAGCUCCGUACCGGCCGUGAUGUCGCCAUCGCCUGUCUGCUCGGCGCCGAGGAGUGGGGCUUCGCCACGACCCCCCUGAUUGCCAUGGGCUGCAUCAUGAUGCGCAAGUGCCACUUGAACACUUGCCCUGUCGGCAUUGCCACCCAGGACCCCGAGCUGCGGAAGAAGUUCCAGGGCACCCCUGAGCACGUCAUCAACUUCUUCUACUACAUCGCCAACGAGCUCCGUGCCAUCAUGGCCAGGCUUGGUUUCCGCACCAUCAACGAGAUGGUUGGCCACGUCGAGGUGCUCAAGAUCAACGAGGAGCUCCGCACGAACAAGACGCAGAACAUCGAUCUGUCUCUGAUCCUGACCCCGGCCCACAAGCUCCGCCCCGGCGUCGCGACCUUCAACGUCCGCAAGCAGGACCACCGCCUCUACGUCCGCCUCGACAACAAGCUGAUCUCCGAGGCCGAGUUGACGCUGGACAAGGGUCUUCCCUCGCGCAUCGAGUGCGACAUUGUCAACACCGACCGAGCCAUGGGUACCUCCCUCUCGUACCAGAUCUCCAAGCGCUACGGCGAGGCCGGUCUGCCCAUGGAUACCGUCCAUGUCAACAUCAAGGGUUCCGCAGGUCAGUCCUUCGGUGCCUUCCUGGCGCCCGGUGUCACCCUCGAGCUGGAGGGUGACGCGAACGAUUACGUCGGCAAGGGUCUGUCAGGCGGUCGCCUGAUCGUCUACCCGCCCCGGGCUGCUGUCUUCAAGGCCGAGGAGAACAUCCUGGUCGGCAACGUCUGCUUGUACGGUGCCACCAACGGUACCUGCUUCUUCCGCGGUGUCGCCGCCGAGCGAUUCGCCGUGCGCAACUCCGGUGCGACGGCCGUCGUCGAGGGUGUCGGUGACCACGGUUGCGAGUACAUGACUGGCGGUCGCGUCGUCAUCCUGGGCAGCACUGGACGCAACUUCGCUGCCGGUAUGUCUGGAGGUAUCGCCUACGUUCUCGACAUCCAUCAGGACUUCAUGUCCAAGCUCAACAUGGAGAUGGUCGAGGCCUCUGGCGUCGAGGAGCCCGAGGAGAUUGCUUUCCUGCGUGGCUUGAUCGAGGAUCACCACCACUACACCGGCUCCGAACUCGCGGCCCGCAUCCUUGUGGACUUCAACCGUGCCCUCCCCCGCUUCGUCAAGGUUCUUCCUGUCGACUACAAGCGCGUGCUUCAGGAGGAGGCUGCCAAGGCCGCCGAGGCCAAGCGUGCCGAGUACAACCUUCCCAUCGUCUCCGGCGUCCAGGCCAAGAAGGAGAAGGAGAAGGCCGCCAAGCUCCAGGAUCUGGAGGACUCUGUCGGCGACGUUGCUCGAGACAAGAAGAAGGCGCUCGUCCUGGACAAGACCAAGGGCUUCAUGAAGUACCAGCGCCGUGCGGAGAAGUACCGCAACGCCAAGACCCGCACCAAGGACUGGGCUGAGCUGUCCAGCCGCCUGGAUGAGGACGAGCUCAAGUACCAGUCGGCGCGCUGCAUGGACUGCGGUGUCCCCUUCUGCCAGUCCGAGACCGGCUGCCCCAUCUCCAACAUCAUCCCCAAGUGGAACGAGCUCGUCUUCCAGAACCAGUGGAAGGACGCCCUGAACCGGCUGCUCAUGACCAACAACUUCCCCGAGUUCACAGGCCGCGUCUGCCCUGCCCCCUGCGAGGGUGCCUGCGUUCUGGGCAUCAACGAGGACCCCGUCGGCAUCAAGUCGAUCGAGUGCGCCAUCAUCGACCGCGGCUUCGAGAUGGGCUGGAUGGUGCCGAACCCUCCCAAGGUCCGCACCGGCAAGCAGGUUGCCAUCAUCGGUUCCGGCCCCGCCGGCCUGGCCGCCGCCGACCAGCUCAACCGCGCCGGCCACCUCGUCACCGUCUACGAGCGUGCCGACCGCCUCGGCGGCCUGCUGAUGUACGGCAUCCCCAACAUGAAGCUGGACAAGCGCAUCGUCAAGCGGCGCACCGACUUCAUGGCCGCCGAGGGCGUGCAGUUCAAGACGGGCGUCAGCGUCGGCGACGACGUGACGCUCAUGGAGCUCAAGGCGCAGCACGACGCCGUCAUCAUCGCCACGGGCGCCACGGUCGCGCGCGACCUGCCCAUCAAGAACCGCAACCUCGAGGGCAUCCACUUCGCCAUGGAGUUCCUGCACAAGAACACCAAGUCGCUGCUCGACUCGGAGCUCGCCGACGGGGCCUACCUCUCGGCCAAGGACAAGCACGUCGUCGUCAUCGGCGGCGGCGACACGGGCAACGACUGCAUCGGCACGUCGGUGCGCCACGGCGCCAAGUCGGUCAUCAACUUUGAGCUGCUGCCGCAGCCGCCGCAGGAGCGCGCGCGCGACAACCCCUGGCCGCAGUGGCCGCGCGUCUACCGCGUCGACUACGGCCACACCGAGGUCCGGCAGCACAUGGGCAAGGACCCGCGCGAGUACUGCAUCAUGUCGGAGGAGUUUGUCGACGACGGCGCCGGCAGGGUCAAAGGGAUCAGCACGGUGCGCGUCGAGUGGACCAAGUCGGCCUCGGGCGGCUGGGACAUGAAGAAGGUCGAGGGCUCGCAGCAGUUCUUCCCCGCCGACCUCGUCCUGCUGUCCAUGGGCUUCCUCGGGCCCGAGGCGCGCGUGCUCGGCGACGAGAUCGAGAAGGACGGGCGCAAGAACGUCAAGACCCCGCCCGGGCAGUACUGCACCAACGUCCCUGGCAUCUUUGCCGCCGGCGACUGCCGCCGCGGACAGUCGCUGAUUGUUUGGGGCAUCAAUGAGGGUCGCCAGGCUGCCCGCGAGGUCGAUCUGUUCCUGGAGCACUGCACCAGCCUGCCUGUCACCGGCGGUAUCGUCAAGCGCACCGCCCAGGAGAUCUUCAGCGUCAUUGCUGCUUGA